UCCCCUGUCCGUACCCUUUCAAACCGUUCCAUAUAUAAAACCUAUCAACCCCCCUAACCUUUCUUAUCCCAAGAAGCUAAUAUACAUAUAUAGUUGUGUGUCUAUGAUACCGUUGUUACAGUCUUACAGAGCAACUAACUCCAGAAGAAGAGUUCAAAGACACAAACAAAUCAGCAAGUACAGAACAACAUACAGAUUCUGCAGAUAAAUAGCAUCAAAUAUUCUUGCCAUGGCUGAGGAGUUUCAAGCUGGGAUUUGUGGUGAAAGCUGGUGGAAUAUUAAUUCAACGAGAAGUGUAUUCCCUCUUAUGAGCUCAUCAUCAACCUGUUCUGUGGCAGCUAAUGAUGCAGGGAACUAUAGCACUUGGCAAACUGAUCAUUUCAUGGAUUUGAAGGCAACAAGGUCUUGUGCUGAGGAGACUAAUAAUUUUGUUUCUGAUGGUUCUCUGGGUUUUCUUGAUGCUCAGAAGCCACAGCAGAGUAGUGGAACUGGCAGCAUCUUCAUUGAUUCCACCUUACAAAUGAUGGGUUUUGGCCUGUCAUCUUCAACUUCAUCGAAUUGGAAUCACUCUCUGCUUCAUUGUACUGGAAGGCCAGAGAGCAAUUUUCAUUCUGUGAUUCAAGAAGAAACAGGCAUAGAUACUACAAAUAAUUCUGGCGGAAUCCAAGUUUCCACCGUUGAUGCCUUCAAGUCAAUGAACCAAGAAUUUUCCUUAGAUCAGCAGCAGAAUCUGAAUUCUGUAACCAGCACAGUUUUAUCAGGUGAUUUCCAAAUUGGUUCAGCUUCCUAUGGUUACCCUUCAACGUUGAUAGAAAGCUUAUAUGACCCUGAUCCUCAACCACAUGAUUCACUUUUCACCAACCCAUCUAUGUCCUAUUCAUCAACUGCAAACUAUGGGACAUCUUCCAAUGAACUUUCACAAACAUGGCCUAAAGUCCCUUCCCUUCUGAAGCCAUCAAUGCCAAAGCAGCAGCUUAGUGGAUUGCACUUUUCCAACAAUACUCCUUUCUGGAAUGCUUCAGCCGAGGCACUUAAUGACAUAAGAGCAGGUGUUUUUGCUUCAUCACAACCACAAUAUCACACGCAAAAUCUUCAAGAGAAACCCAAUUCCCCAAGUACUCUCUUAAACAAGCUUAAGAGAGAAGAAUCUCCAGACACGGCAUCAGCGGCUAAGAAAAGUUCUUCUGAGCCUGCAUUCAAAAGGCCAAGAAUUGAGACUCCAUCCCCAUUACCAACUUUUAAGGUUAGGAAAGAGAAGCUGGGGGACCGCAUCACUGCUCUUCAGCAAUUGGUUUCACCUUUCGGCAAGACGGACACAGCAUCCGUUCUUCAUGAAGCCAUCGAGUACAUCAAGUUCCUUCAUGAUCAAGUCAGUGUUUUGAAUACUCCAUAUAUGAAAAAUGGAGCUCCCAUUCAACACCAGCAGGGUUAUGAUAAUCUGAAUGACUCAGAAGGACCAAAACAAGAUUUGAGAAGCCGAGGGCUGUGUUUGGUACCGAUUUCAAGCACAUUCCCGGUGGCUAAUGAGACCACUGUUGAUUUCUGGACCCCUACGUUUGGAGGCACACUCAUCGGAAGUUAGAGAAGCUAAUGACAAAGAGACUCUAUCUGCCAGUGGAGAACUGGUGAUUAUAUUUAACUAUAUAUUUGUAUGUGUAAUCUAAAGGGAAGAAGAAGACACGAUUAGUAAAGAGAAAAGCUGAAGAGAACAAAAGAGGGAAAAAAGAAGGAAAAGGGAGAAUGGAAGUGACUCUUCAAAGAUGGACAGGGAAUGCUGGGCCAUGUAAAAGCAGAAUGAUGUACGCUAGCAAAUGAUUAGUGACCACUGGAUCAGAGAACAUAUAUAUAUAUAUAUACACGAGGUACAAUCCUUUGACACCAGUGUCAAAUUUGAAUUUCGACACCUUA